AUGACUGCAAAGAAAAACCUGCCGUUGGAAAAAAAAAGCAAUGAUUCGAAGAAGCACGUUUCUAACUCUGUUGCAUGUGUUAAAAAGCCCCAAGGCAAUCUAAAGCCACCACCCCCACAUGGUAAUGGGGGUGGUGGGAAAAGGCCUGCGGUGCCGCCAUCUGCUGUAGAUUCAAAGCAAAGCAUCCUAAAAGAAACGAAAUCAAUAACCCCAAAGCCUUCCCUCAAGCCGGAUAAGGGUAAGCUCUUGGCCUCUGAAUCCAAAUCCAAAAAAGACUAUGGAGGAGCGGAUAAAUCAAAAAAGAAGGUGAUAGCGAAAGAGACGGCGCCACCAUCUCGUCCUCAUCAACCCCCUCCAAAGGGUCCUGUUACAAAGCAACCAACGCCAACAAACCGUGCACCACCCUCUUCACUAAAGGCAAGUAAACGGAGUCGAGAGGAUUCAACGGACGAAAGAAGUGGGAAGUUGAGCUGUCUUGAAAUAAAGGGUAAGAAGGCAGCAAGACCACCUUCGCCACAUGCAAAAAGUGGCUUAAAGAAAACACCCGCCAUCAGCGCGUCUGAACCAUGCAACAAGUCGUCAGGACACUCUUCGGCAGCUCAACACCGUCCCGCUAGUGCACAUUCGCCGUGCAAGGCUAAAUCUCAGACUACUGUUAAGAGUCAAAAUACUCUCUCCGAUAUAAAUCGUGGGACGGUAAGUAAUAGCUUCUCCACCAACGAAGUAGCUAAAGAAAUCAAAAAGCAAUCACCGUCUCUAAAUGUGAAAGUAACCCACUAUACAGUAGCCUCAUGGCGUAUUUCUACGAACACGCCCGCUGCUGAAGUGAUUCAGUCAUCUGAAAAUAACUCCGGGGGGCAUUGCAUGCCUUCUUCCUCUCCAAAUGAGUUUUAUUCCGUUGCCUUUUCUUUAAGCAAUGGUACGUACGGUGUAUGGUUUCCCCACGAUGCAAGCUGUCUGCAAAUCCUGACGUCCCCAUAUCCACAAAAUGGAGGAUGUCCAGGAGGGCUCUCUUGUGGUGCUGAAGUUGUAGAUUCUCCGCGGUAUCUUCAGCAAGAGGAAAGCUGCAUCCUGUAUGUAAACCCUGCAGGUCACGCGAUGGUAUUUUGUUUGGAAGCACAUCCCAGAACGACUCUUCACGACUCAUUAUGCACGCAUUCUCCAAAAAAUGAUGGUCCGUUGCCAGAACCGGCAUUGAGCACGCAACCACAACCGCCCAUGACCUCCCAGAUAGACCAGGGGGAGACCACGGCACCCCGUGCACUACAUUUGGCAUCGCCCCCAGAGGUUUCCGAACACGGCAUCCGCUGGCUUCUGAUUCCUACCUCGCUGCAACACAAAUUUAAGCUCCUACCAUGGGCUCACCGCUGGCGCUGCAGCCUCUCUGAAGCGGCGUGGGAUGUCGCACAUCCUCUUUCCUGUCGAAAACAGAACAAUCCGGCGGCGUCGAUGAUGUCCGACCCCGUGAAAACAGAAGACGCGGCAGCGAGCGCAGAGGGAGUAUCAAAAAUGCAGCACAUCACAACAGAGCUUCAUGAGGACCGGUGGUGGGAUCUGGCAAAGCUGCCGCGAGGGAGUCCCCCUCCUCGUAACUAUCAAGUUUUCUCGUUCGGUAUGCGUGUUGUGCUCGAUCAUGGCAACGGUAAGGGAAUGAUUCUCACCUCCGGUUUCGGCAUGCCGCCGUCGGGGUCGACGCGCGCCGUAAAACCCAACCCAAACGUCAAGGCAGCUGCUACCACGUCAGCCCCACCCCCUGCCCCUGGGAAGGAUAAAACCAGCAAGAAGAAAUCGCCCCAUAACGAGCCGUCACAUCCACGGGCCGCCGCGACCCCCCAAUCGAAACCCUUGUGGGAGACGCGGUGGUUCAUCCCGUACGUGUGUGCGGCGCGGCUGCCGUCUCUGCCCUGCUGUGAAAGGGGCAACCCUAACAACGACAUCCCUCAGCCUCCACCCCCCUUCUUGGAAGCUAACAAGGCCACAAGUCGAACCACGCCCCCUUCAAAAUGUCCCCAGCGGGACUCCACAUGCCCACCCGGCGAUGUCACAGGGAAAGGAAAAGAGAAGGUUAAAGGUGAUGCCAAAGGGAAAGGGGAAGAGGAAAGACUUGAGACGGACAGGGCGAAGGGGCCUUCCACCUUGUGGUCACAGGAGGCGCCCUGUGCCCGAUUCACGCUGGCCAACAUCUUAGAGCGGUACCCAGGCGAUCUGUUCUACUGCCACCCACGUGAGGAAAAUGAGUGA